AUGGCUCCCAGCGCUCCCCCAAUUCUUGAUUUCUCCCCCUUCUACGGCGGCGACAGCGAGGCCAAGGCCCAGCUGGUUGAGGCCGUCCGCAACUGCUGCCUCUACAAUGGCUUCUUCCAGAUCACCGGUCAUCGCGUGCCACUCGACCUACAGCGUCGCGUUAUGCGCUGUGCCGAGCGAUUCUUCGACCUCCCGCUGGAAGAGAAGCUCAAGAUCGAUAAGAACAAGAACAGUUUCAACCGCGGCUACGAACUCCUCCGCUCGCAGAUGCUCGAAGUAGGCACCGGCCCCGAACUCAAAGAAGGCUUGUACAUCGGCCAGGAAAUCCCCGAAGAUCAUCCCUACUACAUUCAGAAGAAGCUCAACAGCGGUCCGAACCAGUGGCCACCGACCGUGCCCGAUAAGGAAGAUUUCCAACGCACAUCGAUGGAAUACUACAAUGCGGUAUUUGACUUGGCCAAGGACGUCCUGUCUCUUCUGGCUUUGACUUUGGAUGUAAAUGAGGAUUACUUCGACCCACUCACCGACGGUGCGGUCGCAACCAUGCGCAUGCUGCAUUACCCUGCGCAACCUAAGGAUGCAGAUGAGAAGCUAAACCGGGGUAUUGGCGCACAUACCGAUUUCGGAUGCAUUACGCUGCUUCUGCAGGAUGAGGUGGAUGGAUUGCAGGUUCUGGAUGCACCUACUGGCCAGUGGCUUGAUGUUCAACCAGUUCCUGGUGCCUACGUUGUCAAUCUCGGCAACCUGUUCAUGCGCAUGGCCAACGACCGGUACAAAUCCAACAUUCACCGCGUCAUCAACAAGUCUGGCCGCGAGCGAUACUCGAUUCCGUUCUUCUUCAGUGGAAACCCCGAUUACCUGUGCGAGUGUCUGCCCAACUGUCGCGCGGAGGGAGAGGCACCGAAGUAUCCACCUAUCACCGUUGAGGACAUGGUGACGGCUUCGUAUAAGGAGAGCUACGGACGGGCGGAGCACUUGCUUGCUUCUAUGCCAAUGAAUUAUGAUUAUCGUUUUGACCACACCACCAUCUAUAUUGAUGACAUUAUGCCUCGUAAGGAGAAGGGAGUCAUACUGGAUGACCCGGAUGUGCAGCAGUUCUAUGGCUCGUCAACCACAGAAGCAUAUCGGCUGAAGUCGGAGUUGGUGGGAAAGUGUAUGGAGGAGAUUGGGAUGGGAAGAUUCCAAUGGAAGCUCUUCGUCGUAACGGGGUUUGGAUGGAUCGUGGAUAACUUUGCAUCACAAGGCAUCAGCAGCGUCCAACCGCCUAUUAAACUCGAAUUUCCCGGUAUCGUCCAGGUCAGCUACAGUUCGGUGGCCUACUAUACAGGCUUGAUUCUUGGUGCUUCGUUCUGGGGUAUCUCCAGCGACUUGAUCGGCCGGAAGCCCGCGUUCAACUCGACCCUCCUGAUUGCAGGUAUCUUCCUGUGUGGUGCAGCUGGCACUAAAAGCUUUCUGGCCUUUAGCGCCAUGUGGGCUGUCAUCGGCACCGCAGCGGGAGGGAAUGUCCCCGUAGAUUCGAUGAUCUUUCUUGAGUUUGUUCCUGGGAGUCACCAGUACCUCCUGACAGCCCUAUCGGCCUGGUGGAACUUGGGUCAACUGAUCGUGUCGCUCUUGGCCUGGGUCUUUCUCGCCAACUACAGCUGUCCAACCGAUUCUACACCAGCAACAUGCCAUCGAAGUGAGAAUAUGGGAUGGAGAUACACCCUAAUCACCCUAGGUGCUCUAUCCCUCGCCUUUACCGUCAUACGCAUCUUUAUCUUUAAGCUUCCCGAAACCCCCCGCUACCUCCUCUCCAAAGGCAAGGACCAAGCCGCCGUCGACUCCGUCAACUACGUCGCGCGCCAGAACGGAAAGCCUGAGCCUCUGACCAUCGGCAUGUUUCAGGAGAUCGACGCCCGACUAGGAAUUACCAAUGAAUCCAACACAGCUGCACAGGGCCCGGGCUUGACCACUAAGGAAAUCAUCAAGGAGAACAUGAAAGACUUUCGGUCGACACACUACCAGGCCCUCUUUGCCACGAGGAAACUUGGUAUCCAUACUGGUAUCAUCUGGCUUAUUUGGCUGACGAUUGGCAUCGCCUAUCCCCUCUACUUCAACUUUCUUCCCUCCUACCUGGCCACAAAAUUCUCAUCGGACGACUCCCUUUACACUACUUACAGAAACUACUGCAUCGAGUCUGCUGUCGGCAUAGUUGGGCCGCUCUCUGCAGCUUAUUUCGUAACCACCUUCUUCGGCCGGCGUUGGAUGAUGGGUAUUUCGUCCAUCAUCACGGGCGUCUUUCUCUUCGCAUAUGUGGGCGUCAGCAAUCCAACGUCGAGUCUAGCGUUCGCUUGUAUAACAGGCAUGUUGGGGAAUUUCGAAUACGCAAUCAUGUACGCCUUCACGCCGGAAUCCUUUCCCGCUCCACAUCGAGGAACAGGUACCGGCACUGCUGCUUCAUUAUUAAGGUUUGGUGGGCUCUGUGCUAGUUUGAUUGCUUCGCAGACAGGGUUCACGCCGGCGCCCAUAUAUGCAAGUGCUGCAUUAUGGGUUGCUGUUGGGUUUGUCUGCUUUGGGCUACCAUUUGAGACGCAUGGGCAUGCGGCUAUUUAG